GCAGUUAGGCGUGCGGCGGCGGCUCGUACAGUGAUAAACCUCUGCGAUAAAAAAAAAAGAGAGAAAAGAAAAAAAAGAGAGCUGAGUUGAUAUUAAACCGAGCUAAACCCGUGGAAAGGAGCCGAACCCAGGCCCGGUUCGUAGCGCUGGGUCUCUGUCCGCUUGCAGAGAUGGUUGUCCGGAGUGGGCUGUAGAUUCCUGCGGCGGGACUGAAGAGGAUGGGCUCAGUGUCCCAGUGCCUGAGGAGAUGUCUCUGGGUCGGCUCCUUCGGCGCGCCUCCUCCAAGGCGUCCGACCUCCUGACCUUAAACCCCGGGGCGGGGGGCUCAUCGUUGCGCUCGGGGCUGGAUGGCGAGAUCAUCUUCUCAAAGAAUAAUGUUUGCGUGCACCCUGCGGAGCCCCUCCCGGGCCUGGCUGAGCACCACCCAGGCUACCUGUGCGUACACGUGGAGAAAGACGAGUGCCUGGGCUCCACGCUGAUUCUGACGUGGGUGCCCAAUUCCCGCAUCCAGAGGCAGGACGAGGAGGCGCUGAGAUACAUCACCCCGGAGAGUUCUCCUGUGCGCAGGAACGCCCGCCGCAGAGGCAGGAGGCCGCGCUCACGUCCUCCAGCCGCCGCUCCAGAGGAAGAGGAGGACGACGAGAGGAACAUCACCAGCAGCACCUCCGCCCAGAGCCUGGUGGGUGAGAGCGGCUCAGAUCCUUCCUCUAACCAGCAGCAGCUUCUUUUAGCCGGGGAGGAGGGUGACGAAGGCUCCUACGAGCUGUCGGACGAGGUGAGCCGGGACAGCACCAUGGGCUCCGACUCGGACACCUUCUCCUCGCCGUUCUGCCUGUCGCCCGUCAGCGAGGCUCUGUGUGAGAGCAGCGGCUCCGUCUUCCUGGACCCUGAAAGCAGGGAACUGUGCGAGGAGUCCAUGAACCACUCUGUGAGCUCCGCGUCCAGUCUGGACAGCCACGCCCCGUCCGAGGGCGGCGGCCAGUCGCAGGCCAUGCGCUGGGAGGAGCAACAGAAGCUGCUGGCUCUGGAGCAGCUGUGUGGAGUCUUCAGGGUGGACCUGGGUCACAUGAGGUCACUGAGACUCUUCUUCAGUGAUGACGCGUGCACUAGUGGCCAGCUUGUGAUAGCCAGCAGGGAGAGCCAGUAUAAGAUCCUUCACUUCCACCAUGCUGGUCUGGACAAGCUGGCCGAGGUCUUCCAGCAGUGGAAAUGCUGCAGGGAAACCCAACCCAAAGACCAGGUGUCGGAUGAAAAGUCCUGCAUGCAGUUUUCCAUCCAGAGGCCCACACUGCCAUCAGCCGAGACGCACCCCGAGGAGAGGCUUUACAGGCGGGUGGACGUCGCCGCCUGGCUGCGUCACAUCAACCACAGCGGGCAGGUGGAGGAGGAGUACAAGCUGCGGAAGGCGAUCUUCUUUGGCGGCAUCGACCCGUCCAUCAGAGGUGAGGUGUGGCCCUUCUUGCUGCACUACUACAGCUACGACUCCAGCUCUCAGGAGAGAGAGGCCUGGAGGCUGCAGAAACGAGCUCACUACCAUGACAUCCAGCAGAGAAGAUUAUCCAUGAGCCCAGAGGAGCACAGCGAGUUCUGGAGGAAGGUCCAGUUCACGGUGGAUAAAGACGUGGUCAGAACGGACCGCAGCAACCACUUCUUCAGAGGAGAGAACAACCCGAACGUGGAGAUCAUGAGGCGGAUUCUGCUCAACUAUGCGGUGUUUAAUCCCGACAUGGGUUACUGCCAGGGCAUGUCCGACCUGGUGGCCCCCCUUCUCACCGAGAUCCAAGACGAAAGCGACACGUUUUGGUGCUUCGUCGGCCUCAUGGAGAACACCAUCUUCAUCAGCUCCCCGCGUGACGAAGACAUGGAGAGGCAGCUGAUGUACCUGCGGGAGCUGCUGCGCCUCAUGCUGCCGCGGUUCCACCAGCACCUGACCCGGCUCGGAGAGGAUGGCCUGCAGCUGCUCUUCUGCCACCGCUGGAUCCUGCUCUGCUUCAAGAGAGAGUUCCCCGACACAGAGGCGCUGCGCAUGUGGGAGGCCUGCUGGGCGCACUACCAGACGGACUACUUCCACCUCUUCCUGUGCGUGGCCAUCAUUGUCCUGUAUGGGGAGGACGUGACGGAGCAGCAGCUCGCCACCGACCAAAUGCUGCUGCACUUCAGCAACCUCUCCAUGCACAUGAACGGAGAGCUGGUGCUGCGCAAGGCCCGCAGCCUCCUCUACCAGUUCCGCCUCCUUCCCAGGAUCCCCUGCAGCCUGCAUGACCUCUGCAAGCUGUGCGGCCCGGGGAUGUGGGACAGCCGCUACAUCCCCACGGUGGAGUGUUCAGGCGAGCACCCAGACUCCCUGAGCUGCCCCUAUGGAGGCACCUCCACCCCACAGCCCUCUUCCCCCUCGCUGUCGUCCUCUCCAAACCACACACCCACGCCGGACGGCAAGAGAGGCUCCAAAAAACGGGACAUUUUCACCUUCCGGAAGCAGUCCUGAGAGGGGGUUAGCUUCUGCUAUUACUUUACUAUUCUUUUCAGUAUCUACAACAAGAUUUUUUUCCUUUUUUUUUGUACUUGAACUGUUCAUUUGGUGCAUUGUUGAACACUGCCUUACCUGGGCGUUGCUGUCGACGUUCAGCAUCGCAUGAAUCUGCAACGAGGGCAGCUUGCAGUCAGACGGAUCGGAGGUCAAGAGGCUGCUUUCUCCUCGGAGCAGAACAGACAAUCACCAGGCGCCGUGUCGAUCUGGAGCCACUUCAGGUUCAAGUCUGCUGCUGGUUUGGCAUUCUUCCACAGGAUAAGCGGGCACCGGGGAGGUCACUGCGGGGUCAUCGCGCAACCGACGCGCUCUCCGACUCCGACGGGUCAAAAAGCGAACUGGGGGCGUCUUUCACAGAACUUGAACUUGGACUCUUAAAAAAUGUUUUUGGGUUCUCACAAUGGCAUAAUUGUGUGGAUGUCAAAUAUAAUGUGCGUAUUUAAAGUCUGAGCGUCUUUUUGACAUCGAAUCCAAACUCUUUGUGUUAAAGAAGUAGUGGAAAAAACAUUUGUCUUUAGUUUUUGUUUUACGAAAAAAAAAAAAAAAAGAAGAAUGUUUUUGUUCUAAAUAUUUAGCAAUAUUAUCUUUGCAUGAACAAUUCUUUACAUAUAGAGGUCACAACAUAUUUGUUGUGAGGGGGUGGGGGGUGAAAAAAAAUCCCAAACAGAGGCGAGUGUGUUUAUGUGACAAACACUAGCAUCACCACAGGGCUCCUCUUAUCUUCCCAUCCUAUACGUUCUCUUUCUUGAACAGAAAGAGCAUCAACAUUUGCACAUAAGCACCAUUAAUUGUAAAGUAUCUGUGAGUAAAAUACUGAAUUUAUUUAGUAGCAGUUUCACCAAAGAUACGGUGCUUUACAGAAGAAUUCCUGCCUAUUGAAAUGUUUCACAUACUGACAAGUUGCAACAACAAACUUGAGUGUGUUUUAUUGGUAUCUUUUGGGUUAUGUCAAAACAAAGCGGUGUCUAUUUAUGUAGUCAUUGUUUUAGUUUUGCGGAACCUAAAGCUUUGACUGGUUAUCCACUGCUGACCCUGGAAUUUUUGCCCUUUUGUCUUUGCAGAAUAUAUUUGCAAGUCAUUCAGGUUGGGUUUGUACAUACCAACCCAGCCAACUGCAAACAUUAGUCAAUCAUUUUCCUUCCACUACAUAAUUAUGUAUUACUUUAUCUUAGUGAAAUUCCAAUAAAAUACACCAAAGUUUUUGGAUGGUGUAACAAAAUGCCCUCAAGUCGCAGGAGGUAUGAAUAUUCUUUGCAAAGCGCUGUAGAUCAGGUUGUUUUCGGAUCACUUUUUCUAUUCUGCUUGGAUUUUCAUCCUUGGUGUUUUGAGCUGUUUUCCGUAGCUUCCCAGCACUCCCAGCCCCAUCUUUACACUAAGUACACGAAAAGGCACACGAGUCUAACGAGUCCACGUGAAUGUAGCUUUUCACAUCAACACAACGAAAAUCACGCAGACGCGUGCGACUGUAAACUGAAGUUACUGUUGCGACCGUUUUCCGAAAACGCGUCGAGGAAAGUGGAGCAACGAGCCUGUCGUUUCGGCUUCAUCCAGGGAGAAACUAUAAAUUAACGUUGCCUCAGGUGUGAAGAAGAUUUCCCCUCGAGGAGCCUUUGAGUGACACCCGCAGGAUUGUAACAUCUGCAAAACGCUGCUAUAAUGUACCACAGAUUCCUUUAAUCAGCCUUCCAGCAGCUUUGCAGAUAAAUUGUACCUGCUUCUUCUUCUUCUUCUUCUUCUUGUUCUUCUUCUUCCUCUUCUUCUGCUUCUUCUUCUUCCCAUUAGCUAUCAUGAAGUGCUUUAAAUGGCAUGGAGGCUGUCGUGAAGGUGAUGAUGGGCGAUGUUCAGAGGGUGACCUCAUGGAUUUAUUAACAUUUAAACCACGUUGUUUACACAAAAGCCACCAAUCCACAGUUGUUAUUGCUGACUUGCCUCUUUUGGAAAGGGGUUGUUAUUAUGAAUUGUGGUCAUGAAUGUAAAACGUUGCUGUUUUUCUUUUCUAUAUUAUGUUGACGUAUUACUGCACACCUCACGAGAGAGUUAAAGGCUAUUCUUAUUACUGGUGUUAAUAAAAACAUCAUCAAUAAACUGCAUUUGUGCU